AUGGUUACUGAUGCGCGUUCCAUACAGGGCUCUAAGUUCUUCUACUCAGCCAAUGACACUCAAUUCUAUCUUCGCGGUGUUGCCUAUCAGCAAAGUAACUACAAAGAUCCUCUUGCGGACGUGGAGGCGUGCAAGCGUGACAUUCCAAUCCUCAAGGAGCUGCGAACCAACGUCAUUCGCACUUAUAUGAUCAACCCCAAUGCGGACCACUCGGAAUGCAUGAAGCUCCUUUCGGAUGCAGGCAUCUACCUGAUCUCUGACCUGUCGGACCCAUCUCAGUCCAUCAAUCGAAAUGACCCACAGUGGUUGACCAGCCUUUACACUCGGUACACUAGUGUCAUUGACGAGCUGUCGCAAUACAACAACACAAUUGGCUUUUUUGCUGGCAACGAGGUCUCCAACACUAUUGCCACUACAGAUGCCAGUGCCUUUGUGAAGGCUUCUGUUCGUGAUAUGAAGAGCUGGAUCAAAGAGAAGGGUUAUAGAUCGAUGGGUGUUGGAUAUGCGACCGCGGAUGUGGCUGCCAUUCGUGAACACAUGGCUGAAUAUUUUGACUGCGAGAGUGUGGAAGAGAGCAUCGACUUCUGGGGCUACAACAUCUAUUCUUGGUGCGGUGACUCGAACUAUGUGCAGUCCGGUUACAAAGCGCGCACCGAGGAGUUCAAGGACUAUGCCGUCCCUGUCUUCUUCUCUGAGUAUGGGUGCAACGAGGUGGAACCUCGCACGUUCACAGAGGUGAAAGCCCUAUAUGGCGAUACGAUGGCCCAAGUCUGGUCCGGUGGCAUCGUGUAUAUGUACUUCCAGGAGGCGAACGAUUACGGGUUAGUCUCAGUAGUAGACAGCACCAGCGUCAGCAAGAGGCCCGACUUCUCCUAUUACUCCGAGGAGAUUGCCACUGUGGAUCCCACGGGCAUCAAAAAGGCAUCUUACACGCCGACCAACGGCCUGCAGACCUGCCCCACGGUUGAUAGUGACUGGAAGGCCAAGCCCUCUCCGCUGCCCCCGACUCCAGACGCAGAUCUGUGUGAGUGCAUGUACAAUGCUGCGGCUUGCGUGGUGAGUGACUCGGUCUCCAGCUCCAAAUACGGCGAGUUAUUUAACACGGUGUGUGGCUCGACAUCAUGCACGGGGUUGAAUGGCAAUGGCACCACGGGCUUGUACAAUGCCUACAGCAUGUGCGAGUCCAAGCAGAAGCUCGCCUUUGCCCUGAACAAAUACUACUCGGAACACAAAGAGGUGGCCACUGCCUGCAACUGGGGAGGUUCGGCCACCACCAAGGUCACCACUAAGGCGACGGGCACCUGCUCCAUGCAAAUGAAGGAGGCAGGUACUGCAGGCCUUGGUACUGUCACCACAGAGGCUACGGCCACGGCGGAUUCAGGCACAUCCACUGCGUCAACCGCCGGCGCUCCUGUCAGCAUGCACUCCAGCGUAGUGGCUGGCUCUUUUCAGAUAGGUGCAUACAUAACGACGGCGGUGCUGGCGGGCUUGGGAAUGAUCCUGCUAUAA